GUCUAUUCCACACUGUCGCUCAAGUUUGCCUCGUAACGUUAACAAAUUGCUCAUCUAUUGUUCAUCAUCGGAAGAUCGAAGGCCUUUCGCCGAGGAGAAGUGUGCAUCUUCGCAAGUAAGAAUGUCGCUCGCGCGGAUACUGAGAAGCACGUGUCGUCUCGCAAGUUUAGCCAGUGGAGAGAAGUGAGAAGAAAGAAUUUUGAGCAGAAGACGAUUAGAGAAAGGGAAGGUUGAACGAAAUUCGAGCAGACCCAAUGAGGCGUUUCAAAAAUGAAGAUCCACAAACGACCGACUCAAACUGCCAUACUUAACUUUUGCAUCUACUAUCGAACUAGACCACAUACUUUUACAUCUACUAUCGAGCUAGACGCACACUCUUCUUCUUCAGGUUGUACAACAUGUCAUCGAAGGAUUCUUCUUUGUUAAAAACCAGUAGUAAUUUUUUUAACUGACGAGCAUACCAAGGGUCUGCUGUCAUUUUACAACUGUCCUAGUACAACAUAUAUUUUCUGUAGUUACAAACGUUUUCUGGCCUCAAAGUAUCAGUCGCUAAAGGUGGUUUCUUGGAGAACCAAAAAAUGCAAGCGUCUUCCUGCGUCGAAAUAACCGUUGGCGCGACGCCAGCGGCAGAAGUCGUCAGACCGCCCAAGCCACGAACAACAGUUAAGGCUCUUGGAAAAAAUCUCGAAGGUUAUAUUUUCAUUAACAAGUGAUACUCUUGCUCAGGUAAUAGUUUACAAGCUUCAAACUGAUAGGGAGCUGUUCCUUUUAUCAACAAGGCUCUGCGUCAACAUCUUUGGAACAUUCAGGAUUGUUGAUUUCGCCUCAAUGAUAGGUAACAGAGUGCUGGCUCCACUUGAUUAUCUACUGGUGGUACGAAGAUAUUAGACAUAUCAAUCUCAUGUACCUCGCACAAAUUAUUGAUACAUCUCAUUUAACAUCUGAUUUACCUCAACUUCUAAUAUGCCGGCAAGACUACUCGAUUAUGGUCUUCCCCUUUUUGCGGGAGCGCUAUUGGCUGUGCAUGGCGCAAUCGGCGCACAGUUUAGUGGUGUCUAUGGCAGCGUUGCCAUUCCAACGUUGGUCAACAUGACAACUGCGCUGCUGAUCAUUUCUUUAUGAUAGAUAAAUCAAAAACUCUCUACUUUGAGAUUAUGGAAGUAGAGUUAGUGGUGCUUUGAAAGUAGAGGUAGAACAUCGAACUUCUGUAGAAAUAAGUGUAUUGUCAUUAUCGCAUAUUGGUGAAAAUUUUGAGUACAGCUCAUUGCACUUCUUGUCGGCGUGCAACAACAAAAAUAGACUCCUACCAGUAUUAUGUUCUAAAAUCCGUCGUCGUGAGCUAUGCACCUAUUGCUCAACGCGCAGCAAAGGAUGUUGCAGGUGUCGAGUUCGACCGACUCGUUGCUGUACUAGAAAACACAAAUGUUCAAUGGGCGGCUAAACAUAAUGCCGUAGCAGUCGUGGGCAAACCAGUACAUCAAGAACAGAAAGUAGAUCUUCAUGCCGACAGAACAAAAGUAGAUCUUCAUGCGCAGCAGGUGCAGCAAGAAAGCGGCCGAGCAGAUCGUGAAAAAAUAAGAAGUGAUGCAACUAUGCUUACCAACAUCACUAACGGAGGAUUCACAAGACCUACCAGAAAUGAAGUGGGUCGGCUCGUCGUCUCUGUCGUGGAUGGCGAACAACACGUUGAAGAACAAGAAGGAGGCAGCUACGUUCUCGCCUCGGCCGGGAAAGACGCUCUACUUCUCAACAGCACAGAUGAUCAUGAAGAACACCUCUCGCACGAGCAAGCAGUGAAGAACGUCGUAGAACACCUCUCGCAUGAGCAAGCAGUGAACGUGAAGAACCUCAGCAACGUCGUGAAAAAUACCAGCAGAGAAGCUCAAACCGAAAGGGAGUCUUCUCUGGUCCACCAAAAGGGGACAAGCUAUGAAAAGCUAGAGCUAUGGAAAUGCACAGGAGGUCCGAUUGGUGUUUUCAUAGUGGGAACCGGCUUUCUCUGCAUUCCUCCUUUGGGUUAUGGCAAUAAAUAUUUAUGUAACAGAGUAGUUUAUAGCACGCAUGGCGCAUGGAGCGCAGAGCUUUAAGGGGCGCUGGAAGCUCCCCCUUUCGCUCCAUGCUACUCCAUGCGAUCCAUGCACUCCAUGCCAUGCGAGCUGUGAAACCUUAUAACUCGCUCUGAUAUAAUAGUAGUGCUGCUGCUGUCCUCUCUCAGAUCAUACUAACUAAGCUCAGUCAUAACAGGGACACAUACAUGACAAUCAAAAAUAAAAGGUUGUUGUUUUUUCUUAGAAGUAGAAGUAGCAGAUUCGUUCUCCUUCGUGGUCUUCUUUUGAUGAAUACCAGACCAAAAGAAGCUAUGAUCAGUUCUCCUCUAAUUUCGCGUAGUCGCUUUUUUUAUGUCCGUGACCGCUGGACAGCUGUGCUCAGGUUUAGUGUGCGACCGCAUCGGAUUUGCUGGACUGCCACGAAGACCUUUGUCAGCAGGUCGCUUGCUCUCGGUGCUGAUCGUCGCUUGUGGGGUUUCCAUUGUUGUGUUGUCGACAGCAGAAACAGCGAAAGAGGAUGAAGAGGCGGGGAAGAACGUUAUGAUGAAUUGGCUUUGUUUCAGGUCUUGAUGAAUUUGUAAACUGUGAUCUUUGCAUCGUAGAAUUUGCAUCUUGAUAUUUUUCAUCACAUUCUUUUUCGUCCAUUACCUUGGACCUCGCUAGUGCGCAUCAAGAAACACCACAUCCUCUAAGGACCACCCCGCCAAAGACGAGAACCAUCCUGGCAGUCUACUCUUUUACGGACUACUUGCUAUUUCGAUCGGGGUGAUGCUUCCAGUGCAGGCGAGUGUCAAUGCUGCGGCACAACGAGUUUUGGGAACACCGCUCGCAGGUGCACAAGUCAGCUUCUUUGGUGCGAGUUUUGCAGCAUUGUUUCUUUUCCUCAGCUUAGAUUACCCGAUGGACCUAGCGAAAUGGGAGAAACCCUUGGAGAUGUGGAUGCUGACGACGGGGGUCAUUGGUGGGUUUAUUGUUACGGGCUUUGGAGAGGACGAUGGCUUUAGCGUGAAUAAUUUUCCCUCUACCAAGUUGUAGUAGAGACUUCAAUAUCAAUUUUUGGCAGAGUUGUAGGCUCGAUAGAAAACAAUUCUCAAAAAUCGGCGUAAUUUGGCCUGUGAGUAGCCAGUAGAAAACUCAUCACAUCUUCUAACCAAAUCUGCACCACAUCCCUCCUUGGUCCUCGCGUUGGUCAGGCGAUGCUAUGGCUCCUGAUUAUCCUCGGACAAAUGUUGGGCAGCUUACCACUCGAUCAUUUCGGUUUGAUCGGACUGACUCCCAAAAAAGUAACCGCCGCGCGACUAUGUGGCGUUUUGGUCGUCCUUUGUGGGGUCGGUCUGAUGGCCUUGCGACAUCGACUAGUCUACGAAUACCGGAAUCGAACAGGAAGAAAGAGUCUGGACUGGCUGUUGUAGCUGUACGAGGUCUUCUUGGUGGAAAUGAAAUCUAAUGCUAUGUUGAUCUCACAUGUACAAGUUGCACCUGAUGGUGAUGUGUCCUCCUCCGUAUACAGUAAAUUUAGUAGGGGCACUAUCAUUACUAUGUACUAGGCAUACUACUAGGUGGCAUUCUAGUCGUCAGACGACGUACAGCAGUUGGAAAGUUUGUAGGUCUAGUUACGCACAACUAGCUACACGUACUAGUGUCUGUUUACUAUGAUUGCCAUAAUUAAUUUUUUAAUAGUCAUAUGAUAACACUGAAGUUGCCGACUAGAUUCACAUCAUCAUGAUAACACUGAAGUAAGUUUUUACUCUGUGGAGGUUACUCUGUGGGUACUCUCUGUGUGUGACGAUUGUUCUUCAUCCAAUGAUAAUACGUUGUACCUUGAUCUUUUGGUCUACAUAAAUCUAAUGUAAAAACUUCGUUGUGGUAAGAAAUAAUUCCAACUAGUAUGGGUUUGGGUUAGCUCUUUUCAUUCUCCACAAACGACUCCGAAUGAAUUUGGGUUAGCUCUUUUCAUUCUCGUCCUUGUAGGAGUGUUGAAGAAGAGUAUAGAGUAAAAAACACUUGAACUUUUGAACUCUACUUUGAUUGUAGAGAAGUAUUAAGUACCCAUCCUGCAGAAGUGUUGCUAUGUGAGUAGAAGCCUUGGUGCUAGUACUUGCUAUUUAAUACCCCUCCCGAAUUAUAAAUCCAAAUCUCCAUGAAUAUGAUUUUUACAAAGAGGAUGAUUUCCAUAGUACUUGUUUAGCAUAUACUGAGCAAAUAAGCAAGCUUUAUCUGCCGCAAAUUCAUUUUUGAUCAUCGGACUAAAGCAGCUUAGACGUAGAAGUUCGUUGUAGUCUUGAAUUUAAACAUCAUUCGUGUCUGAGAAGGGUAGUAACUUAUCGAACAUAGUUGUGUUUAUGAAGGUAUCUGCUGGCGAAAAACUGGAGUAUUGCAGCCGCAUGACCUAUCAAUAAACACCAUAUUCUUGUUGCGCACACAAAAUAACAUUCAGUUGGCAGCCGAAGUCGUCAACUAAUAAUGAAUGAAUGAAUGAACAUGUACACACAGGAGAAAACGGACAAUUGAACACCUCACUCGACCACUGUCACCUGACCGGCAUCUGAUCUUCAUGCAGC